AAUAUUCUUUCUUCAUCCUUGCGAUAUACAACUGCAUAAAAAAUCAGAAGUAAAAACGAACAACACACUAGACAGACCAACUCACCCGAAGGUCGUACACUGUCUCUCUCCAACUUACCGUUAAAAAUAAUUUAUUUAUAUAAUCUCGUCGGCGGGGAAGCAUAAAUCUCCCGGAGAAAGAGCGACAGGCGCAAUAAAUCCCCCGGUUAAACCGCAUUACAUUAAAAGUCUCCACGACCGUUGACGCCUCGCUAUCUCUCUUUCGUUUAUAUUUCAUUGUCUUGCCUUAAUCUCCAACGCUCCUCCUCCUAAUCCUCCUCUUUCUCUCUCAACCGCACUCAAAGUUUAGCAGAAGUUAGUCCAAGUGGAUGUAGUUUUCCUGAAUCAUGGCUGUUGCCGGCUUACAUAACGUGUCUGCAUUUGACCAUUCUGCCCUUGGUGAAUCUCGGGCAUCCACUGUUCUGCAAAUGUGGAGGGAGAUGGAACAUAUGGGGAGUGAUACCCCCACCAGAUCUGGAGAUAGAAAUGGGCUGCUCAUGAGUGAAUAUGAAAAUUGCAACAGGAAAGAUGAGCCCAUUGAUCUUGCGGAGAUUGAAAGGCAAAGAGUCAGACAAGUGUUUCUGGAGUGGAUGAGUAAUGGUGCAAAGAUCCAUACAGCGAAGCCAAUCAAGGGACAGUUGAGGGAAGGGUAUUCUGAAAAUGGAGAGUGCCAGAGAAGCAAUGGCUUAAGAAAACUAUGUGGCAGACAGGCUCUUGUUGAUUUACUGCUGAAGGCUCAGAUGCAGCGGAAAAGAGAACUUAAAUGUUUGAUGGAGGCCCGACUUGUUUCGGAAUUUGCUCAUCGUAAGCGUAUCGAGUCACUGCAUAAAGGUAGAUUCUUGCAUGAUGAAAGAUUGACAUGGGGUGAACGAGCCGCUUCAGUUGCAGCAAGUGAACUAGGCCUUCUGAGACAAAGGCAAACUGUAUCCUGUUUGAGGGAAGAAUUUUCCAGGAUGGACCAUAAUAAUCAUGGUCACUUGUUCGGUAUUCCAUCAAAGGAUUCUUCUAAUGUUGAGCAUCAUGUUCUUGCAAAGGUUAACUCUCAACGGAACAUUGGACUAGAGGUUGCCAAUGAUUUGCAUAGACAAUCUGAUCUUGCAAUCGUUGCAUAUGAUAUUUCAGAGGGGACAGUUGGGGAAUCAAAUCAGCAUGAAACUGUACAAACUGCCGAAACAGCAGUGCAACACUUAGAAUGUCAAAACAGACAAGAAGAGGCAUUAUCUAUACCUGAUUCAGAUGCUAUUGAAAGUUCACAUGAUAUUGUUGCAUCUGAUAUUCCAGAGGGUACAGUUGGGGAAUCAAAUCAGCAUGAAACUGUACAAACUGCUGAAACAGCUGAGCAACACUUAGAAUGUGAAAAUAGACAAGAAGAUGCAUUAUCUAUACCUGAUUCAGGUGCUAUUGAAAGUUCACAUGAUAUUGUUGCAAUGGAGGAUGAUGAAGGUCAAAUAUCAGAAGAUCACGAUGCUUUUGGUGAGUAUCAUGACCAAAAUGGUGAGUCCAAUGAUCACAGAACUUAUGGUGGGAUGGAUGAUUGGGAAGAAAACUCGAUUGACAGUUUAGACUGGCAAGGAAAUGUUUAUUGCACAGAACUUAGAGAACUACUCAGCAGGAGACAUGUUUCUAAUCUACUACAAAGUGGUUUCCGUGAGAGAUUAGACCGGGUGAUGCAAUCUUAUGUGGAGAGGCAAGGGAUGGCUUCUUUUGACUCGGCAAUGGAUGGGUCAACAUCCUCCUUUGGUUCUAUUGACCAUGGUCAACAUCAGGAAAAUUAUGAUCAGUAUGAUGACUACACAAAUGAUAUAGAGAGAAAUCACUUUCCCGUGUCUUCUCGAGGUUCUAUAUCUCUGCCUCUUUGGGGCCAGGAGUUGCAGCACAGCCAGCACUCAAAUAUGAUUUGCCUGAACCUUCAUCCAUGUCCAGAAAUGGACUGGGAAAUCAUAAACGAGUUGAGGAUUGACAUGAAUAGGCUUCAACAGCAGAUGAGUAGUAUGCAGAGGAUGCUAGAAUCAUGCAUGGACAUGCAAUUUGAAUUGCAUCACUCAGUACAGCAUGAAGUCUUUGCGGCUUUACACAGAUAUUCUGUUUCAAAAGAUACAUGUGAAAGAAAACUAAUGAAUGAAGAUUCCAAGUGGGAUUGCGUGAGAAAGGGAAUUUGUUGCCUAUGUUACACACAGAGAAUAGAUUCCUUGCUCUACAGGUGUGGCCACAUGUGCACUUGUAUAAAAUGCUCAGAGAAACUGGUCCAGUGGAAUGGAAAGUGCCCAAUGUGUCAGGCGCCAGUAUCUGAGAUGAUCCGGUCUUGCCCUACACAAUAAUUGAAAUAUCAUUGAAAGGGAAAAAGCUCUGAUCUUGCAGCCUUUCUGGUCAAUGUCAAAGUAAUAUGGAGGAAAGCUAAGAAAGGGAAAAAGCUCUGAUCUUUGCAGCCCUUUCUGGUCAAUCUCGAAGUAAUAUAGGCUAAUGAAAGCAAAAAGGUCUGAUGUUGCUUCCUUCCUGGUAAAUGUCAAAGUAAAUUAAGCCAAGGAAUGGGAAAAGCUCUUAUUUUUGGUAACUGUUAUUUUCUUUUGGAGUGAGAGUAAGGUAUGGGCUACAAAGAGCCAACCAAACCUGGCUCUCACUCACUUAUUUAAAAAAGUUCUUAUAUAUAGAAAACUUACAUUAUAGUCAUGGAAGAAUGGUCAAUGUAGUAACAAUGAAUAAUGGAAUGGGCUCUCUUUUCAACUCAACCUUGACCUCACUUACACAGAAGUCCAAGGUUUUAUGAUGGCUUGUAACAGUUUACUGCCUGGGUGUGCAUAGUACGCUUGAAUAACGUGCAUGUAUUGAAGACGUUCAAACUCAAAGUAGCCUGAAAUGUGUAUAUGGUCAUUUCCUAACAUGUUGCCUCUUUUUUCCUUGAUCUAAUAAAUUUAUCAUCAUUAACCAUUGAA